UAAAAAGUAACAGAAGAAGAAAAAAGGGAAAAGCUUUCCAGAAAAAAGGAGCAAGAGACGCUUUAAUGCAGGUAACCAGACAUGUCAGGUAGAAUGGGUCGAGGUGAGGAGCUCAGUGACUUUCAGCGCGGCACCGUCGUGGGAUGUCACCUGUGUAAUAAGUCUGUCCGUGAGAUUUCUGCUCUGUUAAACCUGCCUCGCUCCACAGUGAGCGCCGUGAUUCUCAGGUGGAAACGCGGAGGGAUAACGACGGCUCUGCCCCGGAGCGGCCGACCGCACAAGCUCAAGGAGGAGCACCGUCAGUUGCUGGAGAGGGUUGCUCUGGAGAAGUGCCUGCCCUCCGUCAAGGCCAUCGCCGCCGAGUUUCAGACGACCUCAGGGGCCAACGUGAGCUGUAGCACUGUCCGCCGGGAGCUGCAUGAAAUGGGCAUCCAGGGCCCGUUGUCCUCAGACGGCAAGCACAAAGCAGGGCAGAGGACGGGAAAGAAGAAGGCAGCACUCAGCCAAGAGGACACCCAUGUGGACGUGUCUCGUCUGGACCUUCGUGUUGGACGUAUAUUGACAGCCGUGCAGCUCCCAGAAACUAACAGCUUGUAUAUGCAGAUCGAACUGGGAGAGGUUAUUCCCAGGACAGUGGUCAGCGAACUGGCUAAACAUGUACCUGUGGACCAGAUGCAGAAUCGGUUGGUGGUCGUGUUGUGUAACAUGCAGCCAGUGGUGGUUGGAGGAGUGGUGAACGAGGCAAUGCUCAUGUGCGCUAGUUCACAAGACAAAGUGGAGCUCCUUGACCCUCCAAGUGGAGCUGUACCAGGGGACAUAAUUACUUUCCAGGGAUUCCCAGGUAAGCCAGACAAGGAGCUGAACCCUAAAAAGAAGGUGUGGGAGCAGAUUCAGCCAGACCUGCACACGGAUGCCCAGUGUAUCGCAACCUACAAAGGAGCUGCGUUUGAAGUCAUUGGAAAGGGAGUGUGCAAAGCUCAAACUUUGAGCGAGAAGGAAAUCAAAUGAACUCGAAAAGCAGCUUGAAAUGGCACCGUACAUCCCUGCAGCCAGCCAGGAUCCAGGAUAUUGUGGAAAGACUUCCCAGAAGAAUGAAGACUGCUACAGACGCACAUUAACAUUUAUGGUUUUGGGACAGUGUCCAACAAUAAUGAUCACAGGGGUGAGACGAAUGAGUGGCCACACCUUUGUGCCAUAACCAAAGGACAUUAUCAGUAAGGAAGCUUCUACUACAGGCACAAACACAACUGUUUUUUGUGUUUUCAAACAAAAACUUGCAGUUUUGAGUUUGGCCUGAAGGGGGCACAACAGCGCCCAUUAUUAACAGACAUUGAAUCUGUUAUGUUUUGUUCAGAUGAGAUGAGGAGAGUGUAGUACACUCAUUUAGCAUGGUAAAAAAAAAAAAGGGAAGUUGUUUCAGAGAUUCCCUUUUGUCU